UUUGCGAGCAGAACUAUCACGGCAAAAUGGAAUACAAAAUGCCAUUGACUUGUUUUUUUAUUGGUUUCAAGCUGCCUUUACUGCGACUAAAAUUAUUUAAUGUAAAAUGCUCGUUUCUGAUUUGGCCCAGAGCGGUGCACGAGUAGAAUAAAAGAACCAAAAUCCAUAUAAAGUGAAAGAGGCGCUGCCCUGAAGUAUCUGGUUACGGUCAGCAGCCAAACAUGAGACCACGUCAACUCGCUUGUCUUGAUGGAAGAGAAAAUCUUAGUUUCUUUUAAUGUUUUCCCAAAAUAUCUCGUUUUAUAUUUCCCUAAAACGCAGAUAUCGGUCUCAAGGACUGGAUUUAAACGCUUGAGUUGUUUAUUUAGAAAAACGAGGUAAGUGACCAUAUGUAUAGAGGGUACUCAAAACUUAACUUAUGUAUCGGCUUUUUUAUAGUGGAGUGGGGGAAGAUGGGACAAUUUUUCAUUCUAUUUUUUGAUCUUACUUGGUAGAAAACAAAGAACAUUCAAAGAAUUAUAAAACAUAUCCUUUCGACUUCCAUCGACCGUUGUUAAUUGUUUAAAACAUGAUCAGGAUAUUUAAAUAUACUAUGCUAGGUGUGUCCCAUCUUCCCCAAAAAUCUGGGUUAAUUCGUAAUCGGGGCAAAUUAAAUAAAUUUUGCAAUAUAAACAAAACGUUUGUAAUUUUUGCAAUUUUUUUUUUUUAAUAACAAAGUUUAUCGAAUCGUGCAAGUCCCACCAGGUCGUUCUGCAACUCGGUCACAAAUGAACUUUAUUCUAACAAGGCAGCAAAGUCAACGACCUUCUGUGAGUGCUUCAUGGAUUUCCUUCUCAGUUCCGCAUCAUUAGUGACGAUCGUCAGCUUAAAAUCGAGUUGAUGACGUAUGUGACCUGUUUUGCUAAAAGCGACAAAUGCGUCCUGACCUACAUUUUCCAACUAAUCCAGCUUUUAUCGCUUUGGUGGGUUUCGCACGCAAUGGUGACUGCUGUUUAAUGCAGCAAACGAAACUUCUUUCAUACCGAGUAAACUGGACAAUAAUGGCGUCAAUUUCGAUAAACUUCAGAUUUUAUGUCAUUCCAUAAAGAACACAUUAACGAGGAUAAUUUUAUGACGCAUGUCUAUUAUUUAUCGCUUGCGAUCUGGACAAGAUUUCCAGUAGGAUCCACAAAAUGGCUGAAAUAUGGGUUCCGUAUCACACGCUAUAUUGUAUAUUAGCUUCCAUCGUCAUUACAGCUGAUGCCCAAUACCAACGUGUUAACAUCUGGCCCGUGAAAGAUUGUUCUCUUUUGUAUGCCAACGCGCAUGCGCAGUACAAUUGUGACGCAAACAAUGUUACCGGUGCAUGGGUCUCCACGAGAUGCGAGGUACAGGCAGGGCCGAAGUUUCUCAUUCGUUUUUAUGAGUUUCGGAGCGACCGCCAUUUUCUAUUACGUCAUCAUUUCUACUCGGAUCCCGACUGCACUAAGCCCACUGUUACCAUGACAACCAGCGGUCGAUUUCUAAACGAGGGUUUGGUGGACAGUUUGUUAAUAUUGGGAGCUACAGAAAGAAGAUUCGUAAUAAGGAAAAUACAUUUAAAUGUUGAAGACGGUGUUUUCACGCAGACCUUGCACCGUCUGUUUAACAAUCCAUCUCGAGCUUGCAGCAAAUGUUCCAAGUUACAUGGUGAACAUAUGAAGAAACAUCAUAGACUGUUAGUGUAUUCGUCACAAACCAAUUGUGACUGCACAGACGAACUUGACUUUUACCUCGGAGAGCUGGAAGUAAUGAAAGUCGUUAGAGUGAAAGAUUAUCGACCUCCAUUUAAAACAGUAACUCAACUAUUUGCUGGUGACGUUAAAACGAAGAUUGACAAUCGAAGAUAUUAUCGAUCAAAUACUUUUCAAGCUCCACUGGAACGACUGGGUAUCAUGUCGUCGAACAUUGAAAUGCAAAUUGGAAGAUUCUUUCCACCUAACUUACAUCGAACGCUUAUUUCCCCGAAUUCCCAACAAUUUAUUUUGCAUGGGAACUGGCUAAGUGUUCGUUGUGAGCUUCGUCCCCAUUCAAGUUUCCUUACAAGACAUUUGUUUUUUCCAAGGAACGGCAAUGUUUGGUCUGGAGUUUAUCGUUACUAUGUAGAUGACCAAUGCAGGGAACCUUACUACACAUUACGUGCACAUGGGAGAUAUGAUAGAACUGCAAUUAAUCCAACCAACGGUGAUGUUGACUACGUGUUUGAUGCUCGACGAAUGUUCAUUACGUCACACAGCGUGAAUCUAACAUCUUUACUAAACGACGCUAAGCGUGGAAGUUUGAAACUCGAAACUCACGUGGAGUAUGACGUCCCCGAAACGGAGGGUAUUCCCCUGAUAGAUCUCAGCCUGCCAAGAAGAGAAUACGACCACAUUAUGAUGCGAAGGAUUGACGGCAAUUUGCUGCUUUUUACCGGUCGACGGCCCAACGACGGAACAAUUCCCGAUUCCGCCGAUAAACGAACAACAUCUUACCAAGACGAGCUCUUGCGGUGUCGCAGUAAAUGCGCAUUUGAUGACUUACGCGAUUCAACUUUCUUGUGCGGUAUUUCGGCAACAGAACUACCAGGAAGCAUUGAAACGACAGUCAUUCCAAAUAAAAAACACCAACACGAUUUUGUUGCAAUGGUAUACCAAGAAGCAACGACAAGCAGCGCCAAGAAAAACAUGCAUUCACUAACUUUCAUUUUGUCAUUACUUUGUAUCAUCGCGAUUUUAAAAUAUGAAUAAACACAGAUUAUUGUUAUUUCA